GAGUUUGGAGUGGAACACAAACAUGCUGUGAUAAAAGAACAGUCAGUCAGCUGGUGGCCCUGCCCCUGUAGAGCCCGUAUCCACUGCAUGAAGCCGUAGCCGUACAUAAGUAUAGGCACAAAGUGCUCUCAGGCCCAGUUUUCAGAGCUCCGAUAAGAGAGUGAUCUGAUGGUCCGUGGUGGUCGGACCCAUGAGUCAUACUUAAGUUUCAUCGUCCCUCUAACGUAUACUAUUUAUGCAGUGAUCGAGAAGUGGGGACACCGCGCACGACGUGCAGUGUCCCUUAUUGUGUGUCCCCUGUGGGUGUGAGUGCUGCUGGUAUAACCUUUUUGUUAGCUUUUUGUUAGCUUAACUUAAACAGCAGUUUUGCUCCAAAACGUUGCUUUUCGCAAACAAUAGUUCCUCAGCGUAUGAGAGAAAAGACUUUUUCGCCCAAAUCAAGUGCAACUCUUGUGUGGUGUGUGUAUGGCCUAAGUAUAUAUACACAAGCAUCCGUGCACAGCCAGUAAGCAGACCUUCUCCCGUCAUCUCGCGCAUAUAAGUAGAUAAUUGAGUGAAUUUAAUAAAUACAUCAGUGCGUGCGUGCGAUAUGACAGUUACUGCCACUACAUAUCGGACAUCAGUUGUGGUGCUGACCGAGCCGCUGACAAGCCUUGUUUUCGCUGCUGCUACCCUGACGGAGGGUCUGCAUCGCUACUACAGCUGGCUCAGCUGUAAUAGCAGUAGUCCAGCGGCCACGAUGAUGACGAGUAACGUUAGCUGAGAGACGCCCCAGCGCGUAGCUACCCCUGGUGCGGUGGUGCAGGCUGGAGACACGCGCUGUUUAUUAUCUCGCGUUGUGUGUGUGUGUGCACCAGUGGAGGGUCUUUGCGCGCAUUUGUGACAGAAACCACAAACUUUAUAGAUUAGUUAUUACAAGAGAAGGAGCUUUUCUUUCUUUGUUAUUAAUAGCCAUCACCAUCCAUCGUUCUCGUCAUGUCGCGACUUUCGCUCACCAAGUCCCAGUACAGCACCAGUCAGUACGGCUCGCGGCGCGUUCGCAAGAUCAGCACGACGGAGAGCGAGUACUCGGUGGAGGAGCAGGCCCGGCUGACGGAUGGAGUUGGAGGAGCCGGAGACGAGACGGUGACCUCGCCGGAGGAGGAGGCCGGCUCACUCUGCGAGUACCAUGACAUACCGCCCCCACCGGAUGGUGGUUAUGGCUGGGUCAUCGUGUUCGCUUCGUUCAUGUGCAACAUGAUCGUCGACGGCAUCGCCUACACCUUCGGUAUAUUCCUCGGCGAGUUUGCCAGCUACUUCGGGGAAAGCAGCAGCACUGUCGCCUGGGCGGGCUCCCUUCUCUCGGGUGUCUACCUUAUGGCUGGGCCUAUCGUCAGCGCCCUGACCAACAAGUACGGCUGUCGGCCCGUCUGCAUGGCGGGCAGCUGUAUCGGCGCCAUAGCUUUCAUUCUCGCCACCUUCUCCAAGUCCGUGGGCAUGCUCAUGCUUACCUAUGGCGUCCUGGGAGGCAUCGGCUUUGGUCUCAUUUACCUGCCGGCCGUAGUUGCGGUUGGCUACUACUUUGAGACCAAGAGAUCCCUAGCCACCGGUAUUGCCGUCUGCGGUUCUGGCGCCGGCACCUUCAUCUUUGCACCCUUGGCUGGACUCCUCCUCGAGACGUACCAGUGGAAAGGCGCCAUCCUUAUAUUGGCUGGCCUCAUAUUCAACUGUGCCAUUUUUGGAGCAAUGAUGCGGCCCCUGGAGUAUCCAAAGGCUUCAUCUGUGAAGCCGUUGCUGCAGAGGAUGGCAGAGGAGAAGAGGUUCCAAAUGGAGCGAGGCAGUAUUGGGGGCUCAUACUUCAUGGUACAACUGCCGGAUGGGUCCUGGGAGAAAAGAAUGAAAAUGCCAAUUAAUAUCGACCCUGGCGUUCACUCUAGCUUCAAUUUAGACCAAUUAGUGCCUGGAACACCUCUGACACCAGUACCAACCGUGCCGACUCUACCCACGAUAUCCGAGGUCAAGGUGCACGAGCACUCGUCGAGCGGUGCAACGAGCAAUAGCGGCAGUAUGGCUGAUCUCAAGACCUCUUCGGUCAAGUCGCGCAGCAAGAAGGCCAUCGACGAGGGUAAAGAAGGCACCAAAGACAGUCUCGAUAAACCUGAGAGCGAAUUCAAUAAGCCUGUGAUCCCACGCAACGCCUCACAGCCGGCCUUCACCACUCACGUCCAGGGCUUGCCCAAGAAUGGCUCUGUGCCGUUCUUCGACCGCAUACGCAAAACUAGCACUGGCGAGAGGUACAAGCCGAGCCUCAGUGCCAUCAAAAACUCUCGUACCACCCUCAAUUCGAACGGAGAUAUCCGCAAGAGCUUGCACCUACGGCUUUCCGCGAGCAGUAUGCUCGGCUCCCGUAAUAACAACACCGAGAUCGACGACGGUGAGAGCAUCACUUUUACCACCAGCAACACCCGCAUCCCCAAAGAGAAGCCCCAGAUGGUGCGGCCUCUCUCCAGAAAAGAUAUUUUUUAUAGCGGUAGCGUGCUCUACUUACCUGAGUUCCAAAGUCAAAAGUCCCUCGCUAAUUAUCGUCAAAGUGUCAUCUCCUUACCAAAGUCCGUGCGUGGCGUCGACGCCAAGGAUGGCGAUAUAGAAAAAGCUCCGCAACAACCCCUGUGUCCAUGCUUAGAGUUACCAGAGUCUUUUAAAGACGCUCUGGGAACAAUGAUGGACACGUCUCUCUUAAAGGAUCCCGUUUUCCUUCUGAUCUGUAUCAGUAAUGUAUUUGGAAUGGCUGGACUUUAUAUACCUUUCUUUUACCUUGUAGAUGCAGCUGUUCAAAAAGGAGUAGAAAGAUCAUCCGCCUCGUGGUUGGUGUCUGUUAUUGGCAUUACAAACACUAUUGGACGUGUGCUGUGUGGAUACAUUGCUGACUUUGAAUCAGUAGAUUCCUUGCUGUUAAAUAAUGUAUGCUUGAUCGUGGCCACGAUAUCUGUAGCAGCAACGCCGCUCUGUUCAACAACCCUGCAUUAUAUGGUGAUGAGCACCUUCUUUGGCUUUGCUAUUUCUGGCUACAUUUCUCUAACGUCAAUAAUCUUGGUGGAUCUCUUAGGCCUUGACAAGCUGACUAAUGCUUUUGGCUUGCUCAUCAUGUUUAGAGGUGUUGCAGCGAUUGGUGGCCCUCCAGUUGCAGGAAAUUUAUAUGAUCUUACAAAAGAUUACGGAAUAACCUUUUACGUCGCAGGAUGUUUCUUUUUAAUUAGCACUAUUACGAGCUUUGUGGCGCCUACGUUGAAACGCUGCGUGAAGCCGCAGACUCAGCCUGUGAUAUUAGAUACAUUGACGCCGAUAGAUGAAGAAUUCGAGGAAGAAGAAAACGAUGAUGAUAUUCCUGAAAUCGUAGAAACUGCACCCUCUCCUCAAGAACCACCAGAGAAAGAAAUUAAACAGAUUGAGUCUGUACUGUAAAUGCAAAAAAGUUAGUUGCUUUCGUCGUUGCUGUAUACUUUGCUGUGAGAUCACAGAUAAACAAUCGCAAAUUGAUCGACACUCCGAGCCACACUGUGAUACGGCUGAUAAUUUUUCAACAAACCCUUGAGAGGUAUUUCUGCUUUGGUACUUUUUUCAUUAUUAACAUGCACAAAAUAAUAACUGAUUAUUGAGCCUGCUGGAAUUUUCUCACGCAAGUGUUUUUACGUAAACACGAAUACGAGACGUCGCAUGGUUUUAUAAUCGUAUUUCACAAAUGUAUUCAACAAUAGCUCAUCUAAAAUCCAAUCGAGCAAGCGCAAACGAAUCAUUUUAUCUUCUGUGUAUUAAUACUUGUUACUGAAUGAAGCAGAGGCGUUCAAUAAACUUAAUCAGUAUCGAUCGUCAGUAUGUCUUAAAAUGAAAAAAAAAGAAAACAA